AUGGCUACCGACGAGACCAAGUGGACUCUUGAGUCCGUGCUAUCUACCCUCCCCCGCCCUCUGGAGGAGAACUCUACGUCGCCAGUCCCAUUUUUCCACUUGAUCGAGCGCCUGAAGACCACCAAGCGUGAGGGGUGGCGCCGUUUUGGUAUCAAUGGCGAGUCGAUCGCCGACCACAUGUACCGCAUGUCGAUCAUGACGAUGAUGGCCCCGCCCACCCUGGCAGCCCGGAUUAACAUCCCGCGCUGCACGAAGAUGGCCCUGGUUCACGAUAUGGCUGAAGCCCUUGUCGGCGAUAUCACUCCGGUCGACUACCACAUCACCAAGGCUGAGAAGGCUCGCCGUGAGGCCGCCGUCAUGGAAUACAUCGCUACCACUCUCCUCGGCAAGGUUCCCGGAGGAAUGCUGUCCGGCGCGGAGAUCAAGAGCGUGUUCGAGGAAUACGAAGAGGAUGUGACCCUAGAGGCUCAUUUCGUGCAUGACAUCGACAAGAUGGAGCUCCUGCUGCAGAUGGUUGAGUAUGAGCACUCGAAUGAGGUUGAUCUCACUGAGUUCACCCAUGUUGCUAAGCGCAUUCGGUUGCCCGAGAUUCAGGCUUGGGCUGCGGAUGUUAUUGCAGAGAGACCCCAGAAGAAAGCUCCUUGA